UAUGGUCUUUCCGCUCCGUGUCUGACGCGAACGUACUGAAAACUAUUUGUUUGUCUUCGGUUUAUUCCAUUUCUUAAUCUUAUCGUUUGUUUUGACUCAUGACUGCGAACUGCAUUGCAGGACGACGAAGAAGGUGCAUUAUUGUGUUGUAAUUCAAUGUGUUUCGUUAGAAUCAAUUGUGAUAAGUACCUAAACCAAUUGUUGAGUGUCUUCGUUUUCCACGAGACAGACGGAAGGAAACCCAAAGUUGGUGAUAUUUCAGUCUUUUCGAGUUCUGAGGAACGAUCGUACGUCUUGACGUUGUCAUCGGAUAAUUAAAACUGAAAUAAAUUAAUUAUCUAUCCAGUACCCAAUCAUCUUCAAAGCUCCGAGAAUACUUUUACUCGCAACGUCGCAAAUUACCGGUUCAAUUGUCAUCGAGAAAAUCAUUCAUCGCCAUCAUGAUUACAAACGAAACGUUCACGGAACUAUUCGAAAAGUUGGCAGUCACCGAAAAAGAAACGAUUACCGUUCAAGGCCCACUCAAAACGGAAUAUAACAGUAAAACAUUUUGGGAAAAAAUUGAGAACGAGCCCGUUGUGAUGCACAAUUCCCAAACCAUUGCCGCAGCUACUAAAAAUAUGAUCGCCGGAAUCCUGAACAAAGAAGAUAACGCGCAGAUUAUCGACCUUGUCUUAAAAUUGGCGUUCUAUGUUGUCGAAGGAGACGACGCGCAUUUUGUGUAUGAAAAAAAGUUGACAUUUGAAAAUGUGAAUUUAUCAGAGAAAAUAUUCGGUGCCACUGUCCGUCGUAAAGUAAAUCUGACCUACAAUGGAUGGUUCGAGACAUGGUGCAAAUUUCCAAAUUCCCUCAACGAAGCGGAACUUAGUCUUAUGCAUUACUUGCAGCAGACGUCUAAUAACGUUUGUAUUUCUUACUGGGGACCGUGGUUGGCCACCAUUAUUCUAGGUCUUGACGCCGAUAAUGUGACCAGUGUGGCAAAUAGCAUCAACGUUUUGUUUUCAAAACUCUACCGUCUGUAUCGAGGAAUUGGGUUCAAUUUUUCCGAAGUGAAUAUUCAAUUGUGGGAAGAAUGCUUGAAACGUAUUAAAAUAGUUGACUUGGAUGAACCGAAGAAGAACGCGCUUUUUCGAGCCAUUAUACAGGUGUAUCACGAUGACAACACUGCAAAUACUACCGUCGAUUUACUGAAUUUGACAAUAAUUCCAUCCUUACGUUUUAAAAAUAUGGAACUUAUUACAUUGAUCGAUCAGUUCAGAAGGAUGAUAGGUUGUGGCCAAGUUGGCGCUCUAGUAGGUACGUUGUCUGCUGGAACGUUAUCUUCUUGGAAGAACUACGUAAAAAUGACGGAAACCUAUUUAAAUCCGAAGCAUCCAUCGGGUAAAGACCCGUUGUGGCCGUAUGCGCGAGAAUUUGACUCUACCGUAUUCUUGGAUAUGUCGUAUGAAGAGAAUUACAGGCUUUGUAAUAUGUUAGCUAUGAUAAUCGAUCUGAAUGAAUCGUCAUCGUAUUCUUAUCAAGGCAAUAAUAUCGGACCCACGUACAAGAAAUUAAUUUCUAAAAAACUCAUAAAGGGACUGAGCCAAGAGGAUUAUGAUCACUGUAAGGAAAUAUGCGAUUUACUCAAGAAAAAAGAACGUGAGAUUAAAAGUAACGUUGGUCAAGACGUUAUGACCAAGGCGUUAACAAUGGUGCAUCAUAAUUAAAUUAUUCUUGAGAAAACGGUUUUAUUUUGUUUUAAUGAAUUAGCUACCUACAGCUAUUUUAGUUUUACAAUAUAUUUUGUUUUAAUGCGUGUUUUAUUGUUUUUACUAUGUUUAUCAACAUAAAAAGCAGUUAUUCGAUAACUUUAGUUUUAUUUCUUUUUUUUUAUAAUUCGAUGCUCUGUUUGCAUUACGUAUACUAAGUAUUUUCCUAUUAGUAAGUAUUAUUUACAUUGAGUAGAUUUCUUCUUUUAUAAUAUUCUCUGUCGAAUACGUUUUAUUUUUAUUAAAAACUUGAUUUAUCAUAACGGUA